UAUGAGCGUAAAAAAUAAUGUUCGGUAAAAUUAGGAUCAGCAAGAUGUAGCUCCAUUUACUUACACAACGGUCUAUGUUUAGUUAUUCUUGUCCGUGUAGGGAUAAUAGAUUUAGCUGUGAGCUAGUGAUACAUUCAGCCCAAAAGUGGGCUAUAUAACGAUUGAAGCUCAACCACAUAUUUGUGUCUUUGAUAGAUGCUAAGUUAAUUUUGUUUUUGCUUUCUAUCAAAAAAGUUGUGUUUAGAAAUGAUGACAAUGAAAAUACAAGAAUUGGUUUUGGUUCUCUUAUUACUAUGUAUGAAGCCUGGUCAUAUCAAAUCUCAAUCAGACGAUUGUUCUUUCGGUAGAAGUAUCAAUCUUCCGCUAGAAGUGUACCAAGAACAUUACCAAUUCAAUUAUCCCAAAUCAGAUGCAGUCAAAGACUUGCCGUCCCCGCCUAUAUUAAACCAAGGUCAAUGUGGCGUGUCUAAGAACGACCAAUCACAACAGAUUGUAGGUGGCAAAGACGCACCAGAUAAUGCCUGGCCAUGGCAAGUAUGGUUGAUCUUUUCUCACGGGAUGUGCGGAGGAGUUAUUAUUAACAGAGACUGGAUAAUGACCGCUGGACACUGUAAUGGCGGUGAUGUAGCUGAGGUAUAUGUUGGAAACAACAGCUAUCUAAAAGGCAAUAGAACUCGCACUAAAGCGGCGUUUGAACACGAUGCGGUUGAUUUGGCCCUUUUUCAACUGUCAUCUCCGUUAACAUUUACAGACUCAGUACAGCCUAUCUGUUUGCCCGAAGGAAAUAUUUGGGACGCCUCGCCUUGUUUUGUCACAGGCUGGGGGGAAACCGGUCAUUUUAAUUACGUGCUAAACAGCCGUCUUCAACAGCUUCGUGUCAGAAAUUUGGACCAAACUCUGUGCCUUGCCCACCUAUCGCUUUUUGGAUUAUACGAUAGAGAUGGAAUUUUUUUCUGCUUUAGUUCCACUGGACACUCUGGCAUAAGCAGCGGAGACUCUGGCGGACCAGUGAGCUGCAUGAAGAAUGGACGUUACUACUUGCUUGGAAUAAUCACCCAUAAUCUACCCUUGGAUGGAGGUUAUGUUGACUAUGCAGUUUCUGUCCCAAGGAAUAUGCAGUGGAUAACUGACACAAUACUUGAAAAUUCUUAGGGAAGUCAAAUACAUUUUUUAUAGUUUUAUAAUUUGAAACUUUAUAAAAAAAAACUAUUAUAGUUUGGUCUUUUAAACACAACAGCUUUAUAAUUUUUAGAAAUCCUAAGAAUUUAAUUUAUAUGUUAAAGUAUUGAGUUUUGAAAAAUUAAAAUAAUCAAUAUGAAAAAUUUAAUAGGUAUCAAAAACAAACAGAAAAUUGUGACUGUUAGUGGUCAUUAAAGCAUAAUUUUUCGUUUGUUUGUUAUUCUUUUGAAGUACAUGCCUUCUGUUUAAAUUAAGUAGAACUACAUUACACCUAUGUUUUAAUAUAUCUCACGUAACUGUCUUGAGUACAAGGUAUAUGUGUCAGUAUUAUUGUCAUUAGAUUAGCGCACCAUUUGAUUUUUCAUUGAUCACUGUGGCGUAGGCCGGGAUAUUUAGGAGUAAGUUUUGUCUUGAUUGGUUUGGUUAAUUUGUAGCUUGUUUUAUAUUUCGUUUUUCGUUUUGUUGUGUUGAAAUGUGUCUUUGUUUAGUUAAUGUUAGGGGUAUAUUUUUGUCGUGAAUGUAUUUGUUGAUUAUUUUGAUAUGGUUCCAUACAUUGUUUUAAUAAAGAUUACGUUAAGCU